AGGUUUAUGCUGAUGUGGUCGCCGCACCACAAUUGGGCCCCAACAUUGGUGAUUACGAAAAAUUGAUAAUUUCGUCAAGUAGGGUUUCGUUCCACCCAAAGAAACUUAGUUUUGCUUUCUUCUCUCAUCCCCAUAGGAAAAGUUGAUUCACAUAUUCACGAUUAAUUCUUGAGAGUUGAAUGAAAAUCGAACGAUGCAUAUUCUAAUUAUGUAUGUUACAACAUCUCCUUGGCCUGCAUGAAUACACCAGCAAAACCGAGCAUUACAUAUGAUAUAACUAAAUUCUCAACAAGUCUAAACCUCCUUGCUUAUCCUAAGAUGCCAACCAAACAGGUAAGUUAUCGCAAUGAUAAAGCGGUGCUAGUGAGAGUAUAUGUUGAGAAGCCUAGGAAGAAGAGAUCAUCAUCAGUUCAGCAUCAGCAUCAUCACCAUCACCUCCAUUAUCACAUCCAUCAAACAGUUAGACAAGAGGUAGUUCAUCAUGGCUCUGGUAGUAAGGGACAUGAUAGAAGAGCAGGGUUGCUUAUGUACUCGCAUCUCCUACGUGAGUCUACAAGAGGAGCAUCAUCAACACCCUCAUUCUCCAAGAGGGUUGCAAACAACAAUCUCCACCCACCUACCCAGAUAGCCCCUUCUAACAUGAAAAAGCCAGGUUAUGGGGGAAAGACAACUUGCUUUGGCAAUUGGAAACUACUGAUUCCAAGGUUCUUAAUAAGGUCAUGGUCAAAAGCACAAAAUAAAGAGAAAAAGAAGAAACAGACGGGUGGGGGUUUAUCAGGAAAUGGAACAAAAAUGUUACAGGUAUGGAGAGGAAAAAGUUUCUUUCUGAAUGUGUUUUCAACAACACGCAAGUGAGCUUGAGGUUCAACUUUGUCCCGGACGAGGUAUAACUCUAAGUAUAAUGUCUCGAAUCUCAAUCCAAAUACGGCUUUAUCGGGUAAUUUGAUUCAAGUUCUUAUCUUCCAUCAUGCUAAUUAUAUCAUCAGUGGUCUUAUUUCACAUAUUUUCUCUUAUUUAUCUUUUCGCAGUACAAAUUUAUUGUACAAAUGCAAUUUCUUCAUGGAUUGCAAUUACUGGUAUUUUGGUAUCAUGUACAAGGAUUCAAAUAGUCAAAUUGCCACAUUAAUUUGGAAUUUUU